AUGGGACUGUUCAGUAAAAAAAAGAAGGAUGAGGAUGAGGAGCGCCAUCAUACGACGCACGAAGAUGCCAAGGCGUUACAUCCACAAAUCCAUGAUCCCAUUUUGACGGCAAUUCAGGAACAGCAACCCUACGAGGUUGGUAGCUCUGAUCCUACACAGUCAGUUUCCCCCUCAGGAGCUCUCCGAGACGUUUUCGGGCACCAAAUUACGAACCCUGAUAUUUCGAACCCGGCAAGGUCCCGUGAGGAACGGCCCUUAGAUACUAUUAGGUCCUUCGAAUACUCUGCAACUGGUGAUGAGAGCUUGCGUGAAAUGCAGGAAACCCCGCGCCUCGGGUUCCGUCCUCGCGAACAGUUUUCCUCGAUGCCUCGCUUUGAUACUAAUCCCUAUGCGCAGGACGAAAACAUCAUCAGUUUUGGCGACCCAAGUGCCGCUGAAGUUGAGAACGAGCGUAAGAAUGUGUACUAUCCUCCGACCCCUCAGUCAACAACCGUGGCGAAGCAGAAGAAGAAGAAAGGACUAUUUCGUCGCAACAAGGGUGACGACGAUAACUAG